AAGAGCGAGGGAGAGAAGAAGCGAGCAUUUGGAUCUUGGGAAAGGAAAAGGAAAUCAGAGAUUAGAGUUUGGCGAUGGCGAACAAGGCGCUGGGAUCGACGGGAGAGUUCUUCAGGAGGAGAGACGAGUGGAGGAAGCAUCCGAUGCUGAUAAAGCAGUUCCGGCACGCGACUCCUGGCCUCGGCAUCGCCCUCGUCGCUUUCGGCAUCUACCUCGUCGGCGAGCAAGUCUACAAUCGCAUCCAUUCUCCCUCUUCCUCUCACCACCACCACCACGCCGACGCAUCCUCCGCCUCCGCCACCCACUGACUGCACUAUCAUCUCUACAGAUGCAUUCCUGCUGCUGUCUAAGUUUGGAGAUUUAUAGCACUCAUUCCCUUUUACCUUUUUAUGUGCAAUAAAAGGAAAACUUUCGCUGGACAAAGCGCUUGAAGCUUGUAAAUGUACUUGAUGAGGUUGGAACUGAAAUUUCCAUCAGAACUAAAAUGUUGAAUUUUAUAAUUUAGUGGUUCUAGCAAUGCAUUUUGCUCACAGUUAGCGAUAAGAUUUUAUUUCA